GGCAUCGAAUACUACAACAAAUUGAUCAAUAAACUCAUUGAAUACGAAAUAGAACCAAUGGUAACCAUGCAACAUUUUGAUCUGCCGCGAAAACUGCAACAGCUGGGCGGUUUCACAAACUCAAUCAUAGUAAAAUACUUUGAAGAAUAUGCCAAUUUGUUAUACCAACGCUUUGGCGAUCGUGUGAAAUAUUGGAUUACCAUCAACCAGCCAGCGGAAUUUUGUGUACAGAGUUAUGGCAGCAGUAAUCACGCACCAGGAAUAAAUGCUCAUGGCAUUGGUGAAUAUUUAUGCGCUCACAAUGCCUUGAAAUCACAUGCCGUUGCUUAUCGUUUAUACAAGAGCAAAUAUUAUAACCUGUUCAAAGGACACGUUGGCAUUUCUUUGAAUUCUCCAUUCUUUUAUUCAGACACAAAUGACAUGGUAACAGUGGAUAGAGCGUUGCAAUUUUCGCUUGGUUGGGUUGCUCAUCCGAUUUUCAGCUCAAAAGGUGGUUAUCCGUCAGUUAUGUUCGAUCAAAUUGCAAAGAAUAGUGAAAAAGAGGGUCGCUUAAGAUCAAGACUUCCGGAAUUCUCUGCUGAUUGGAUAGAAAAAAUUCGUGGAUCAGCCGACUUCUUAGGCUUAAAUUAUUACACUAGUCGUUAUGUCGAAAUUUCAAUUGAACCAAUUGGCGAUAAUCCAUCAAUUGUACGGGACAAAUCAUAUAAAGAAGUGAUUAAACCAGUAUGGGUUAAAAGUGCAUCUGAGUGGUUAUAUUCUUUUCCACAAGGUCUUGGCGAUAUUUUGAAAUGGAUCAAGAACGAGUAUAAUAAUCCCGAUGUGAUUAUAACAGAAAAUGGAUGGUCUGAUAAAGGUGAACUCGAAGAUGACGGCCGUAUCGCUUACUUUCACGACCAUUUGCAACAAGUUUCAAAUGCAAUUUCGAACGAUGGUUGCAAUGUGAAAGCGUAUACAGCUUGGUCACUAAUAGACAAUUUUGAAUGGAGCUCGGGAUACACAGAAAAGUUUGGAUUGUAUUUCGUCAACAUGUCAUCUCCAAGGAGGGAACGUAUUCCUAAAAAAUCAACCAGAUUCAUUAAAGAAUUAAUAACAACAUGUGUGAUCCCAGAAAUUCAUUAAAAUAUUAACCAUUUUAUCAAUUUGAAUGGAAAUACAUUUGAAAUUAAUAAGA